AUGUCAUCUACAUCACAGAUCAGGACCCGCCUCCUCAUUCUCUCCGACACUCACGGCCGCAGCCUCUUUGACCCGCGCACGAACCCGGACGAGGCCCGGAAAUAUGCCUUCCGCGAGCCCCUCCCGAGCGCAGAUGUCGCAAUUCACUGUGGCGACCUGACUCUUCACUCGCAUGUCAGCGAGUACCAGAAGACCUUCGAUUUGAUGAGGUCGAUUGACGCCCCGUUGAAGCUGGUCAUCCCUGGCAACCACGAUUGCAGCAUGGACGUGGGCUUCUGGGAGAAAGACUGCUUGCGGAGACGCCACCUGCCCGAGGAGAUGAUGGCUCGCCUCUUACGCCAGCCGUACGAGACCUAUGAGGUUGUCGAACAAGCCCGGCGGGACGGGAUCCACGUCCUGACGGAGGAAGGCACCUACCACUUCAUCCUUUCCAAUGGCGCACGGCUCACCGUCUACGCCAGUCCGUGGACACCCGAGUACGGCAGGUGGGGGUUUCAGUAUGGCGAGGGCGGCCACAACUUCGCCAUCGAGCGGGAUACCGAUGUCGCCAUGACACAUGGGCCACCCCAUAAGAUGCUGGACCGCACGAGGAGCCACGACGACGCCGGCUGCCCUUCGCUGUGGGCCGCCGUGGCGAGGGCGAGGCCACGCGUGCAUUGCUUCGGCCACAUCCAUGAAAGUUAUGGGGCGGUGAUGCACUCGUGGGAGGGCGAGGGCGAGGGCGAGCAGAUGGCCUUGGAGAGGACCGGGGCUGGUGAAGUCACCGGGGACAUCACCCCUGUGAGCCUGUGUCCUGUUGACGAGGGAUCGAUCCAAUUUCAGGCUGGGAGCGAGACGCUCUUUGUCAACGCCGCGGUUAUGACAGUGGCGUAUAAGCCGCACCAGUCGCCCUGGUUGGUAGACCUGGAGCUGCCUAGCCCCGACGACCAACACAAGGAGAAGGCGGAUAGGACCCGGGAGUUAUUGUCGAGAACGAGGACGCUCCAGGACGGACCAACAAUUAAGAAGGACUCUUGA